CAAUUCCUCCUUGUGCACCAUGAAGUUUCUGGCUGUUCUUUGCUUAGCCGGCUUGGCUGCGUCUGCCAGACUCCCUGGUUACAACUACCCUACUCCCGAAGGUGGAACGUUUGGUCACGGCGGGCCUGGACAUUCGACAGGAAUAACAGUCAGCCAUGACGAUUCCUCAGGGACAUUUGGACAGGGAAUUUCGACAGGCGGAGUCGUCAGUCAUGGAUCUACGUCAGGUGUGACUUUCGGCCAGGGAGUGACCACAGGAACCACCGUUAGCCAUGGAACUUCCUCGGGAACCUUUGUUCACGGGACGACGUCAGGAACUACAGUGAGCCACGGGACCUCAUCCCUUGGAUCUACAUCAGUAACCACUAGUCAUAUAGGGGGUGUAUCGGGAACGGCUGGCUUGGCGCCCUGCGUGGGUGAUCAGGUGCGACACGUGGAUGGUCGGUGCGUGACGCCUCGCGUGAAUCGCCGUGUCUUUCUCUACGACAUCCCUGCCAACGCCCACAUAACUGGACCCAUUAACAUCCCCGAACCUCGAGUCGAAACCAACAUUCUCUUAAUUCGCACACCCGAAGGAGGUGUUGGCAACAAUCCCAUCGUGGUUCCUCCGCCGCGACAGAACAACGUGGUUUACAUUCUCAACAAGCAAAGCACUCAUAGCCCAGGGUUGAUCGAAGUAGCUUCGCCUCCGCUUGAAGAGCCUGAGGUUUAUUUUGUCAACUACGCGGAAGGCGAAAACCCCAUCCUUCCAAAUGGGCAGGACCUCCAAUCGGCUCUUCUGACAGCAAGUCAAGCUUCUGGACUAACCAUUGGAUCAGUGGGUCAUACUGGCUCUAUCAGCGGUCAAGUCUCCGAUGACCAUUCCAGUGCUGUCGGAAUAAGUCAUUCCAUUUCAACUGGAGGCCAGUUCAUUGGCUCAGUUGGCCAGACCGGCAGUGUCGGAGGCCAGUUCACUGGCUCAGUUGGUCAGACAGGCAGUGUCGGAGGCCAGAUCAUUGGCUCAGUGGGACACACCAGCACCGUCGGAGGUGAAGUUCACGGAGCAGUUAUUCAAACCACAAGCGGUGGAAUUUCCGGCUCAACUUUGCAAGAUGCGGGUAGCUUCCCUGCUCCUCCCACCAGCCUCUACUCACUUCCUUAAGCUCUGUUGGCUGCCCGAUGCUGCUGCUAAUUUUUGUUGUAUUAAUAUAUUAGCUUCUGUAAUUUUUCAAUUAUAAUGCAGUCGUGGAAUUUAUAAGGAUUGACUAAUUGAUAUUUAUCGCGAUUGUGUAAUGUGGUCAUAGUUAUUCCAUUAAAAGUCUAGCCAAUA